CGACACCGGCUCCCCAUGGAGGCGCCUGAGCUGGGCCCGGGGCUGGUGGAGCGUCUGGAGCAGCUGGCCACGUGCCCGCUGUGCGGGGGCCCAUUCGAGGACCCGGUGCUCCUGGCGUGCGAGCACAGCUUCUGCCGCGCGUGUCUGGCUCGCCGCUGGGGUCCCCCGCCGCCGCCGGGCGCCCAGGAGACGCCCCCCGGCUGCCCGAGCUGCGGCCACCCGUGCCCCCGCCGCAGCCUGAGGUCCAACGUGCGGCUGGCGGUGGAGGUGCGCAUCAGCCGCUCGCUGUGCGAGAAGCUGGCCGCGCCGGGCGCCCGCACGGGCCGCCGCCGCGGGGGCCGCAUCCCCACCAUGGGCUGCCUGGACCCGCACGAAGAGGAUGUCAGGAAGACCUGGAUCCGAUUGGAAGCCCCAGGACCCAAAUGCCCUAACUCAGAGGAUGACCUCCCUGAGGAUUACCCUGUGGUCAAAAACAUGCUUCACAGACUGACUGCCGACCUGACCCUGGAUCCCCGCACAGCGCACCGCCGCCUCCUCGUAUCCUCCGACGGCCGAAGCGUUCGCCUGGCCCCGCCCGGUACACCAGCACCCCCGGACAGCCCCUCUCGCUUCGACCAGCUCCCGGCGGUGCUAGGCGCCCAGAGCUUCGGUGCCGGCCGCCACUGCUGGGAGGUGGAGACGGCGGAGCCAGCGUCCUGCGGGAACUCCUCCGGGGAGGACGAGGGCGACGCUGAGAGCUGCUACGCCCUGGGCGCCGCGGGCGAGUCCGUGCGGCGCAAGGGCCGCGUGGGGCUGUGCCCCGCGGGAGCCGUGUGGGCUGUGGAGGGCCGCGGGGGUCGCCUGUGGGCCCUCACCACCCCAGAGCCCACCCCGCUGGGGGGCGCGGGACCCCCGCCGCGGCGCAUCCGUGUGGAUUUGGACUGGGAGCGCGGCCGUGUGGCCUUCUAUGACGGCCGCUCGCUGGACCUGCUCUACGCCUUCCAGGCACCGGGGCCUCUGGGGGAGCGGGUCUUCCCGCUGCUCUGCACCCGAGACCCCCGUGCCCCUCUCCGCAUCGUGCCCGCCGAAGGCUGAACGUCCCCCACCCACCCAUGCUGCGUCAGCGUGGGCAUGGAAAGCCCAGGGCGUUCCAAGGACUGCGUCUGCCCGCCAGCUGGUGGACCCUCGCAAUGCCCCCACAAAGACCUCAGCUGGUCCCCAGGUUCCCACCCAUACCCAAAGCCUAAUCCAGUCCCACACCCCUCUUGGGACAUUACCCCACUUCCUCCUCCCCAACUGACCUCUCCAUUUCUUACAAGAUUUCCAGCCCUGCCCUAUCAGUAUUGAUAAACGACCCGUGUUUACACAGGUGCCCUUGAGGUCAGAUACCAGGGGCUUCAAGAAGUCCUUGGGAAAUGGUAGUGACUUUACUCCAUUUCCACGAACUGUUUAAACCACGCUCAUUUAUCUCCUACCAAGGCACAGUACUGGCCUUCACCAGUUCGGGCUUCCUUCGAAGCUUCUCUUAAGCCAAGAGGCGCCUCCCCAAAGCCAGGACACCUCCGAGAAGCUUAAUCGCUUCUUUCUUUCUGGUGGGCCAGUUCUACAUCCAUUAACCGGCUUCCUGUGCUCAUAGCUUUUCUCCCCCAUAAAGUUUCAAGACUUCCCGCUUCACAUGCUCACACAGUAGACCUGAUGGUGCUACCUUCCCUCCCUUCCCCCUGGGAACAGCCCGGACCCAAGGGCUAACUUGUGUAUAGAGGCCCACAUCUUGGCCAUGUGGAUAAACGGGCCCGUAUUUAACACGUUUUGUGAUGUUGGGUUAUUUAUUUUGUGCAUCUGUGGCGAGAGGAAAUAAAUGCUAUUAUCAGUG